AUGUCGGAGUCCAUCCAGCCUGAGAAGUAUCGGGACCUCGAUACGGUGGCAUGUGAGGUGGCACGUAUCCUGGUCGACGAGAACAUCCACUACCUGCUCGUCGGCGGAUAUGCCACCUCCCUUGUCGCCGGUAACCGCAUCACUACGGAUGUGGAUUUCCUGGUCGAUGCGGACCCAUUCAAAGUUCGCACCGUGCUCUCUCAGUACCCUGGAUUCGAGGUUCAAUACAACAACCUGUUCUACAAGCUGAACGGCAAGCUUAUCAAAGUCGACACCUUCAAUAAGGACACCUUCAAGAUGCCGGAUUUGAACAGUGUUUACUCGAAGACAUUCCAGCCCCAAGAGAAGCCCAAUCGUCGACUGUCCGUUCCACUCCAGGUCAUGCACCCGACCAUGAUCUUCAUGGCAAAACUUCGCCGCUGGGUGCAUAUCGCUGACUCCACUCGCCCCGAAUCGUCGAGAAAGUGCCAGGCUGAUGAGAAGGACAUGGAGACCCUUCUGCGAUGGGCUGUCAACUGCGGCUUCAAGAUCGAUCUUGAUGGAUACAUCGGCAAGGAAAAGUCCGAGUUCCACGGGCCCCUUCAAAAGCUCUACUCUAGGGCUCCCUCCCUGCGCCCCCUACUGAAUCGUGCCCUGAAGCCUGCUGGCCAUUGUCCGUUCUCGAUACGUCUGAUCCAUUUGUUUGUUCGUGGACCUCUAGGGUCAUCAUGGUUGCUGGAUCUUUGGUUUGAUGAAAUCUCCACUCUUGGUUUUGCGUUUGCUUUUGCUUUUGCUUUUGCUUUUGCUUUUGCUUUUGCUUUUGCCUUUGCUUUUGAUUUUUGGACAUAA